GCAAAGUCAGGCUGCGAAUAGAUAACUCAUGUCCACAGACUCCCAUAACAGUUCAUCAGAUGUUCAAGGAGAGCCUAGAAAAAUAUGGAUCCUUUAAUGCUCUGGCCAGCAAAAAGAACGGAAAGUGGGAGAAGAUAACUUUUUCGGAAUAUUAUUGCCUUUCCAGGAAGGCAGCCAAGAGCUUCUUGAAGUGGAAUUGUCACAGGAAUAUAUACAACGAAUUCUCCAGAGGCCUGCCACUACAUUGCUUAUGACAGCAAAACCAAUAUAAUGGUUGUGGAAAAUCGGAAGCAAUUGGACAAGAUAAUGCAGAUCUGGAAUCGCUUGCCACACUUGAAAGCUGUUGUGCUGUAUAAGGACUCCAUUCCAGAGAGACAUCCAAAUCUGUAUACGAUGGAAGAGUUUCUGGAGUUGGGAGAUGACAUAUCUGAUACUACUUUGGAUGACAUUAUUAACUCCCAAAAGCCAAAUCAAUGCUGUGUACUAAUAUACACAUCUGGAACAACUGGGAAGCCAAAAGGAGCCAUGCUGAGUCAUGAUAAUGUAACUUGGACGUCAGCACAUUGCAGCAGAGCAGCAGAUAUGCAACCAGCAGAGGUCCAACAGGAGUCUAUAGUCAGUUAUCUCCCACUCAGCCACAUAGCUGCACAGAUAUAUGACCUGUGGACUGGAAUCAAAUGGGGAGAGCAAGUUUACUUUGCUGAGCCAGACGCUCUGAAGGGCAGCUUGAUCAACACUCUAAAAGAAGUGCAGCCAACAUCUCACAUGGGAGUUCCCAGAGUAUGGGAGAAAAUAAUGGAGAAAUUAAAGGAUGCUUCUGCUCAGUCAGGAUUUAUGAAGAAGAAAAUCCUGUCAUGGGCUAUGUCACUUAGCUUAGAGAGAAACCUAAACUGCUCAGGCAGCAGUGAUUUAAAGCAGUUCUGGACAAGGUUGGCAGACUACUUAGUGCUUGCAAAAAUACGUAAUGCACUGGGUUUUUCUUGCUGCCAGAAGCACUUUUGUGGUGCUGCUCCUCUCAAUACAGAAACUCUGUAUUUUUUCUUGGGUCUGAACAUCACCCUGUAUGAGGCCUAUGGGAUGAGUGAGACCACAGGCCCACAUUGCCUGUCUGGGCCUUCUAUUUACAGGCAGCACAGCUGUGGUAAACCAGCACCUGGCUGCAGAGUGAAACUGGUGGGUAAAGAUACAGAGGGCAAUGGAGAAAUCUGUUUCUGGGGAAGGACUGUUUUCAUGGGUUAUUUAAAUAUGGAGGACAAAACGAAAGAAGCCUUUGAUGAGGAUGGGUGGCUGCAUUCUGGAGAUUUAGGAAAACUAGACAAGGAUGGCUUUCUGUACGUCACUGGAAGAAUUAAAGAUUUGAUCAUUACAGCUGGGGGUGAAAAUGUGCCUCCAAUUCCAAUUGAAGACGCUGUUAAAAAAGAACUUCCAAUUGUUAGUAAUGCUAUGGUGAUUGGAGAUAAAAAGAAGUUUUUGUCAAUGUUGCUGACCCUAAAGAGUGUGGUGGACCCAGAUACAUCUGAUCCCACUGACAUUCUCACUGAGCAAGCUAGAGACUUCUGCCAGAAGACUGGUAGUAAAGCCACUAAAGUAUCAGAGAUUGUAGCUACAAGAGACCAGGCGAUCUACCAGGCCAUUCAGGAGGGAAUCAACAAAGUCAACAUGAAUGCUACUAAUAGGGUUCAUUGCAUUCAAAAAUGGAUAGUCCUGCCAAAAGAUUUUUCCAUUUCUGGGGGAGAACUAGGUCCGACAAUGAAGGUAAAACGGCUUGCCGUGCUUGAGAAAUACAGAAAUGAAGUGGACUCCUUCUAUGAAGAAUAA